AUGACGGACCCAAUUAUCCUCAUUUGUUUGGCAGUCUUUGACUGUGUGGUAACGUCUCUGAAAAAUGUCUUCAACAUCCUCAUUGUCUACAAGCUCUUCAUGUUCAUCUUUGCCGUCAUCGCAGUCCAGCUUUUCAAGGGCAAAUUCUUCUACUGCACAGACAGCUCAAAGGACACAGAGAAAGACUGUAUUGGAAACUAUAUAGACCAUGAGAGAAACACAAUGGAAGUAAAAUGUCGAGAAUGGAAACGCCAUGAAUUCCACUAUGAUAAUAUCAUCUGGGCUCUGCUUACGCUCUUCACGGUUUCCACUGGAGAAGGAUGGCCUCAGGUUCUACAACAUUCAGUAGAUGUGACUGAGGAAGAUCGUGGCCCCAGCCGUAGCAACCGGAUGGAGAUGUCUAUUUUUUAUGUGGUGUAUUUUGUAGUUUUCCCCUUUUUUUUUGUUAACAUCUUUGUGGCUCUCAUCAUCAUCACUUUCCAGGAGCAAGGAGACAAAAUGAUGGAAGAGUGUAGUCUUGAGAAGAAUGAGGCUCUCCCCUAUGUCUGCCUUCUCAUUGCAAUGCUCUUCUUCAUUUAUGCAAUCAUUGGGAUGCAGGUGUUUGGGAACAUCAAGCUAGAUGAGGAAAGCCACAUUAACCGCCACAACAAUUUCCGCAGCUUCCUCGGUUCUCUGAUGUUGCUGUUUAGAAGUGCUACCGGGGAGGCAUGGCAGGAGAUUAUGCUUUCAUGCCUCGAAGGGAAAGGUUGUGAGCCAGACACUACCGCAACAUCUGGACAGAAUGAGAAUGAGAAAUGCGGCACAGAACUAGCAUACGUCUACUUCGUCUCCUUCAUCUUCUUCUGCUCCUUCUUGAUGCUCAAUCUCUUUGUGGCUGUCAUUAUGGACAAUUUUGAAUAUCUGACUCGAGAUUCUUCUAUCUUGGGACCCCAUCAUCUUGAUGAAUUUGUCCGGAUUUGGGCAGAAUAUGAUAGAGCUGCAUGUGGCCGCAUCCAUUACACUGAGAUGUAUGAAAUGCUGACUCUCAUGUCCCCACCACUAGGCCUCGGGAAGAGAUGUCCUUCCAAAGUUGCUUAUAAGGUAGAACAACCCUUCUUUCCUUUACGGGCUUCUGGUUAGCAAGAAAUGGGAAAUGAAUAAUGGUAAGGGGUGGCGGGAGAUAAAGUAUUCUGCUAUUUCUUUGAUUUCAGAUUGUCUUCCCAGCUUAAUAUGUACUGCUUAUAUGUUUCAAAUG